AUGGCUACCCUAGCCGGUAGAUCUUCGACCCACAAUUUCAUCAAUACCGACAUUGCUAAGGGUUUAGGCUUGCAAGCUAAACCAAUCUCUCCGUUCAAGGUCAAGGUACGGAUUGGGAAAAUCUUGGUAUGUGACCGAUUUUACAAGGUCGUCCCGAUUGACAUACAAGGGGUACAGUUUGAUGUAGACUUGUAUGAAUUGCCAGAUUGCGGAACUGAAGUCGUCCUCGGCAUGCAGUGGUUCCGGCAACUAAGAUAUGCAUGGAUAUAUUGGGACAAGUCGUUCGUGAGUUUCAUGAAUGAAGAGGUCGAGGUCAAGUUGCAAGGCUCUCCCAUGAAGAGGGUUGAGGACUUUGGAAGGGCCCACCGAGAACAGGACUGGUGGAAUCACCAAGGAAACUCGGUGAAGACCACAUCACCGGCGACCAUGGCCGCCAAGGAAGACUUCAAUCGUGAAGCCGUUGCUGACGAGAAGCUAGCUCCAGUGCCUCCACCAGCGACAAUUGCGGAAGAUGAUGUCGCCUUCUCAUGCCACAAGCCAGAGGUACCGGCCGCCCUAUCAUUUGCUAUUCAUGGCUUGGUUGAUGCCGUGUCCCACAUCAAAGACGUUGCCGCCAUCCGUCUUGAAGGGGGGAGGCGUUUCCUUCGAGGGAAGAACGAGAAAACUGAAGUUGGAGGAGUUAAAGGAUUCGUUCACGUCCCUGAGCCCAAUUGGAAACGUCGUAAAAGAACAGUCCCUAUCUUCGAACUUGUCGGGAACGCUGCGGGAGACAAUAAGGCAACAGAGAGUGGCAGAGGAAGGGUCGGUGGAGACAAAGAUGGGGUAAUUGGCGAAGGAGAGGAAGGGUCGAUGGAGACGGAGAUGGGGGAAUUGGCGAAGGAGGUUUCAGAUGGAAUCAAUUGUGGCGCGGAGUUUCGGGUUGCGGUGGCGAUGGGCGGAGGAAGGUUUGCUGUGGUGAUGGGCAAAAUGAAGGUUUCGGAUGGAUCAAUCGUGGCGGAGGAAUCGACGAGCUAG